GAAAUAUUUACAUUAACACCGGAAAAUGGCGACUGCAACCGGAAGUUGCAUGUGUUUAAGGAAAACAAAUUUUUAAAAAGCUUUUCUCAACGUUGUUACGAGGAUGCAAGUGUCUAACCCCAACAAUGUCAAGAUCUACAAUUUAAGUGCUGGUAAAUCACUACCAGAGUGGCUUUCCGACAGACGAAAGAGAUCGCUGCAGAAACAGGAUGUGGACAUACAGCGCCGAGUUGAGCUCAUCCAAGACUUUGAUAUGCCAACUGUCAGUCAUUGUGUACAAGUAUCUCCAGAUGGGCAAUACAUAUACGUAGCUGGUACUUACAAGCCACGGGUAAGGUGCUACGAUGUUCAACAGAUGUCGAUGAAGUUUGAACGAGGCCUUGAUUCAGAUGUCGUACAAUUCCAGUUCUUGUCAGAAGAUUACACCAAGAUAGCAUUUUUACAGUGUGAUCGCUACAUUGAAUUUCACUCGCAGUUCGGCAGGUAUUAUAGGACAAGGAUACCCAAAUAUGGACGUGACCUGGCAUAUCAUAGUGCGAACUGUGACCUUUAUGUUGCGAGUGUAAGUCCGGAAGUAUACAGAAUUAAUAUGGAACAGGGUCGAUUUCUCAGUCCGAUAGUGACCGACGCACAGGAAGUGAAAUGUUGCGAGUUCAACGAUUAUCAUCAUCUGCUAGCUUGUGGAACAAGAGAGGGUACUGUAGAAUGUUUUGACCCACGAGUAAGGACAAGAGCUGGAAUCCUGGAUACCGCACUCAGCAGUCACAUUGAAGAUCUUGAUAUUAAAGGGGUACCAGCUAUAACUGCAAUGAAGUAUAGAGGACCUCUACAGCUUGCUGUGGGAACCAGCACUGGGCAUGUACUAUUGUAUGACAUCAGAUCUGAUAAACCUCUGCUAGUGAAGGAUCAUCAAUAUGAACUGCCUAUAAAAAAAAUAAUGUUCCAUGAUCACCUGGACCUAGUCAUGUCAAUGGAUUCUAAAAUACUAAAACUCUGGGAUAGGAAUACGGGUAAAGCUUACACAGCUAUCGAGCCAGGAAACAACCUGAAUGAUAUGUGUAUGGUGCCUGGCUCUGGACUUGUGUUCAUGGCAAACGAGGCACCAAAAGUUCUUACUUACUACCUCCCGUCUCUAGGUACAGCUCCAAGAUGGUGUUCCUUCUUGGACAAUCUCACAGAGGAGCUGGAAGAAAGCAAUGCUGCUAUAGUGUAUGAUGAUUAUAAGUUCGUGACACGGAAAGAAUUGGAGGAUUUGGGGUUAAAUCAUUUGAUUGGUUCAAACCUCCUUAGGGCUUACAUGCAUGGUUUCUUCCUCGAUAUACGCCUGUACCAUAAGGCCAAGUCUUUAGCUGAGCCAUUUGCUUAUGAAGAGUACAGGAAGAGUAAGAUCAGAGAAAAGAUUGAGGCAGAAAGAGCUAACAGGGUCGUUGUGAAGAAAUUACCUAAAGUAAAUAGAGAACUGGCCGAGAAAUUACUGGACGUCGAGGAUAGCAUCGUGCAGAAGAAAACGACGAUGAGAGCUGGUCUCACCUUGCUUAAAGAUAACCGUUUCUCGGAUAUGUUCAAGAAUCCGGAUUUCCAGAUCAAUAAGGAGUCGGAGGAGUAUAAACUGCUGAAUCCGGUUGUGUCGAAACUUGAUAAGGCCAAAAAGAAGAAGCAGCAGAAGUUAGAGGACCAGUUUAAUGAAGUGGAGGAUGAGGGUUACGCCAAGGAACAGGGUGGCUACAGUGACAGUAGUUCUGAUGAUGAACAUACUUGGACUGCUGCAGAUAAACAACAGUGGAAGAGACAUGUUGAUGAGCAAAAGGAAGCCACUAGGAUAGAGAGACAGGAUAAAGCUCCGAAAUUCUUCGAACUUAAAGAAGGGGUCGAGUUUGGAAAAUCUUCUGAUGAAAACAGAAUCAUGAAAGAAAAGAAAUUAUCACUUGCAGAGAGGCUAGCGGGAGAAGGAGAUGUUACCAUAGCAACUGAGCCAGGCGCCAUAGGAAACAAGGAGCUCAAAUUUACAAUGAAAAAGGGAAGGAAAGAGUUACGGCAGGAACAUGAGCAACGAUCACAUCAUGCUGAGCGCAGAAAGAUUCGCAGAUCAGCAGGGGAGAUAACUAAAGGACUUAAACAAAAGCCCAAAUUCUGGAUGGGACAGAGAGUGAAGUGAUACUUUGUACAGAAAUUAUAUUAUCUGUGAUAAAAUUUGUGACAUUCUGCAAAUGCAGAUAAAAUAGGAAAGAUCUGGGCAUGGGGAUACCUCUGGUCACAAUUCUAGCCCCUUUGAAGUGGAGGGUAACUAGAGCUUAUGUCAUGGAAAAUUAAGGUCAGGCCUGGAAUAAUUUAAAGGAGGUUAACAAAUUUGAGUGUGCAAACAGAAUAUGUGCUAUGGAAGAUUUUGUCAGAACUAAAUUUUGACAGCCUGACGAGUUUUGAAGAAUGAACUUAUACAUGCAUAUUAUGUCUGGAAAAAAAGUUUUGUCAAGUUUUAAUUUCAGGAGGCUGACAAAGUUUUGCAUUGUAUGGCAAUAUUGAUUUUUAAAAGUGAUGUUGAAAAGGCAGUCCUAUAGCACAUUAUAUCCUUUAGGCUGUAUGUAAAUACAGACGUCACUGUUAGUAAAUGGGUAGGGAUUCUGUGAUAUAAAUUUAAGUUCAACAUAGGGCUGUCAUUCAUUGAUUGGGGAAAAAUGUUAUUGAUAUAUGGAAAGCCAAAUAUAAAUGAAAUGUCAGAUGAAAUAGUGAUUACAGUAGAACCAUAUAAUUACAUGCAGUACUGGUGUUUAAACUUUAAACCAAUACAACAUAACAAUGGAAAGUAUGAUUUCUUGUUUUAUGUAUGGCUUACUUCAGUGAAUUUUUUUUAUAGUUCAGGCUAGCCAAGAAUAAAAGUUGAGAAGUGAUUUCUUUUGCACAAGACGGGUUAAACAGGUUUCAAAUGGUAUCAGUAAUCAGAAUUGUAAAUCGAUAUUGAAUGAAAUGAUGAAUAACGAUGAUAUAUCAAUUUCUCAAUAUUUUAUGUCAUCCCUAAUUUCAACCAUACUGAUUUUAGCAUGUGAAAUUUUAAAGAAUUGUGAAUUUGAAGUAUACUUUUCUCAGACUUUUACAGAUUUUUGUUGAAAACUUUGCAAUUUUGCUUAUCUCCAAGAAAGUAGCUUUAGUUGUUGAACUUAAACUGUGCUGGCGGCAACUAAAUAUACACCCACGUGACCAGUGCAGACUAAGAUCUGCCAGCUCAUCCAUACCUUCUGAUCAUGGUCUGCACUGGUUGCUUGUCAUUCAGUACAUAUUGAAACAUUAUACUUGAAAUGAUGAAAAGUUUCAACUGUUGUCAUGAUUGAAUAAUGAGCAUGUGCUUUUAACAAAUAAGGCUGAUUUAGUUGGAUAGGAUAUAAAUAUAUUAGUGAUAAUGAAUGUUAUUUUUACAGCUUAGACAUACAUUAAGUUAAUUCAUACAAAUUAAUCAUCUUGAUUGUAUUUAAGUUUGUUAUUAAAUAAGGUUAAUUGAUUGUUAUGGUGUGCAAUUAUGUAACAUUUUCAGUUCAUCAGCACUUAGAGUAGAUGAAUGGUGAUGAACUAACCUAUCUAGAUUUCUACAAAAGUUAAAUAAAUCAUGACCUUCGGGUCAAAAUUGACCCUGCCCUGGAAGUCAAUUGCUUUCACUAGACUUAGGUUUAGGGAAACAUAUCCUUUUGUGGAUGAAGACUUUUUGAUUACCCAAACAAAUUUUCAGUGGGUGUAUAUUGCCCAACCUUCAUGGUGCUCUUAGUAUUUUUGAUAUGCUUUAAUAGUUUACAAGAUGUUACUUAUUGGCUUAUUGUUGAACCAUCUUUUGUGUUUUGGCACUUCAUACAAAUAACAGUGAUUUAUUUUUUAGUAAUUAUAAAAUAUCACUUUGUAAACAUUAGGCUACCUCUGUGAAACGAAAUAUCUCAUUCAGUACUGUUUUGUUCCUAUAAUCGCGUUUAAAAUGCGAGGCAUCUGUUGCCAAAUGGUUAUGGUCGUUGACUUCUAACCACUUGCCCCUCACCACUGUGGGUUCAAGUUCCAACAGGGCCUUUGAUCCUUUCAUGUAAGGAAGCUAUCCAGCUAGCUUACAAAACGUCGGUGGUUCUACUGGGGUGUCCGUUUGUGCCUGAAUGCAUGGAAGGGCACCUGAGGUCUUCCUCCACCAGGAAAACUGGAACACCACCAUAUGACCUAUACUGUGUCAGCGUGACAUAAAACCCAAAAAACGAUCAAAAGGUUUAAUACGCUCUUAAUCAAUCAUUACACUAUUAUAAAGCACGUGUUUGACAUUUCUCUACGGAAGGAAAAAUGUAUUCAUUUAUGUACCUUUAAGUUUUAAUGGAUGACAACAGGAUAACAAUAAAGCUUACAGGCUUAUAUACAUUAUGGUAAGAUCAAUUAAUAAAACGUCACAUAAAACUGUUUUAUAAAGUUAAUAUGCUUGUUAGUGAACAUUGUUGAUACCAAGUUAUGUUUGCUGCAAUAAAUAAAGAAUAAUUUUAUA